AUGAAUAACACAACAUUCGCAGUUAACGUGGAAACGUCUAUUUGCUCUGAGUCAAGCUUUCACAUAACAAACAAUGCAAAUUGUUCUUCAAAUAAUGUGGAUUCUGGACCUCAAAUUCUGAUAAUAAAAAAAUCUUGGUUGGACUUCUUCCCAUUCCUAAUGUCAAUUCCGAGCAUGAAAGUGUUAAUAUGUUUACCAGAGUCUCGUUGUAUAACAAAAAUUCUGUCGAUUGGAUCAAAUUUUAACAACAAUUCUGGUUAUAAACGUGAACAAAAAAUAAAUUCGCCGAAAAGCAGCCCCACAACAUAUACUUUCAUGGAAAAAGAUGAGUAUAGAAAGUUAUGGAUUGUUAAA